ACCGUACUCUGCACUCAGCUUUCCCUUCCUCCAUUCUUUAAACAAAAGCGAAAAAGCAUCCAAAUUUUGGUUUCUAGUGAAAAAAGGGGUUUGAAUCAUUUCACACCUAAUUUAAUUUCGAGAUUUCGUAGUUUUAUUUGAUGGGUGAGUAUUGAACAAAUCAGCAAUGAGCGGGCCGGCGGUGCAUCCGGUGGAGGCCCCUCCCCCGACGACUGAGGCGGCGCCGCCGAGGGUUAGGAUGAAAGACAUUCAGGGAAUGGCCGGAACCACCGGCGCACUCUUCCUCCGCCUCUGCCAAUUCAUCUUCGCCGCCGUUUCACUCUGCGUCAUGGCCACCACCUCCGAUUUCCCCUCCGUCACUGCCUUCCGCUACCUAGUUGCUGCAGUGAGUUUGCAAAGUUUGUGGAGCCUGUCUCUUGCUCUUGCCGACGUAUACGCUCUUUUGGUCAGACGAAGGUUCAGAAAUUCUGGCGCUGUCAGUUUGUUUGCUAUCGGCGAUGGGAUUACGUCGACGCUAACUUUUGCUGCUGCCUGUGCAUCGGCUGGUAUCACAGUUCUCAUUGGAAACGAUCUUGAUAAAUGUGAUUUGAACCACUGUACUAGGUUUAUGUCAGCUACAGCCAUGGCUUUUCUUAGCUGGUUUGCUGUGUCCCCGUCAUUUCUGCUGAACUUCUGGUCUCUGGCUUCCCGAUAACUAAAUUUGCGACUCGUACAUCUGUGUUUUUUUUUUUUGCAUUGACAGAUGAAAAUGGAAAAUCUGGAUGCUUCUCGUAUGUGUAUCAUUCAAUUCUGUGGUGAAUGGAAUUUGGUAAUGUAAAACUUUUGUUCGCCAAGAGGUGGAAGAAAGAAUGUUUUUGUUUUUUAUUUGUCGUGUUCGAACAUUGGCUUCACUGACAGGUUAAUUGUUUGUAAAUGGGAUCAUCUCUAAGUCCCUUUUCGGUC